AUGGUGCAAUUGCAGCCCGAGUCGGUGACAGUCCAUCCGCUGGUGCUGCUGUCGGUCGUCGACCACUACAAUCGAGUUGCAAAGAAUACCAAAAAGAGAGUUGUCGGUGUCCUCCUCGGACAAUGGAAUCAGGGAAAGGUCAAUGUCGCAAACAGCUAUGCUGUUCCAUUCGAAGAAGACGAACGAGAUCCAUCGGUAUGGUUUCUAGAUCACAAUUAUCACGAAAACUUGAACGACAUGUUCAAAAAAGUAAAUGGCAAGUAUUCAACCUUGACCACGUCUGCAAGGGAAAAGAUGAUUGGCUGGUAUCAUUCUGGUCCAAAACUACGUCCUUCGGAUCUCGAAAUCAAUGAACUAUUUAAACGAUAUACUCCAAACCCCGUAUUGGUCAUCAUUGAUGUAAAACCACACGAUAUCGGCAUCCCUACUGAUGCUUACUUUGCUGUCGAGGAGAUUCAUGAUGACGGUACCGCAACAACCAAAACCUUCAACCACAUCCCAUCUCUCAUUGAAGCCGAAGAAGCAGAAGAAAUCGGUGUAGAACACUUGCUACGAGACAUUAAAGACAAUGCUGUAGGAACCCUCGCCACCAGAAUAACAAACCAACUAAACUCUUUAAAGGGUCUACAACACAAUCUAGAAGAAAUCAAAACAUACUUGGCAAAAGUCGUUGAUGGCACACUACCCAUAAAUCAUCAGAUUGUAUACAAUCUGCAAAACAUCUUCAACUUGUUACCGAAUCUUAAUGUACAGGAUGUAUCUACGGCCUUCUCUAUCAAGACCAAUGAUGAAUUGUUGGUUAUCUACUUGUCCUCUUUGAUUCGUGGUGUUAUUGCUUUGCAUAACUUGAUUGAUAACAAGAUUGCCAAUCGAGAUGCUGAAAAGAAGAGUGAUGUCGUCGAAAUCGCAAAGGAGAAGGCUGAUGCUGACGAGAAGAAGGCUGCUGAAGACAAAAAGCUUAUUGAAGAUGCUGCUCCAACUUCAUCAUCAUCCAAACCAGGUUCCAAAUAA